AUGGGCAACGCUACUAAUUCUGCCGAUAUUGUUAUGACUGAGGAAGAAACUAGGAAAUGCAAAACCACAAGGAAGGCGAACUCGAUGACUUUCGUUGACGCCGAGGGGCAGGAGCAUCAUAUUCAUAUUCCAGGGAAAAGAUUUGACGAGGCGAUCCAAUAUUUCAUCAAUGAAAAUUGGGAGGAGCUCAAAAAGUUUGAUAAGUGGAAUGGUCAGAAAUAUGAGGAUUAUGAAGUCACUAUCAAUGAAUAA